AUGGAGGAGAAUAAUCUGGAGUUGCAGGCAAAGCUGCAGGAAUUAGAACAUGAGCUGGAGGAAGGGGAUAUCACAGAGAAGGGAUAUCAAAAGCGACGCACAUUCUUACUUUCACAAUACUCGGGCGCCUCACCGAUAGCCGCGGAGCUGAAAGGGCUGCGCAUACAUGCUCCUGAUGAUAGCACACAUUCCUUGAAUGAUGGUUCGCGCACCGCAUCUCUUGCUGCCCUCAACUCGAACUCGAGAAGCGCCGGUGGGAGCGAAUUAUACCCCUUACAGAAUUACGGCGCAUCACAAAUCCCCGAUCAAACAGCUACAAUGGCUAGCGAUGUAGGAAGCUUUGGAGCCAACAGAGCACAAGAUGGGCAAACUUUCUCCUAUGCUGGCAGACCUCAGGAUUUAAGGCUAGCAGUACACAAUUCUACCCAACGGCAUAGCUCUUAUAGUCAGAACUCCUCAUAUCAACCCGGCUCUCCAGCAGGAGAUUAUCAGCAAGAUCGACCGCAUGAGCCAAGUAUGAGAAUGGGGUCGAUGGCUUCUGGCACAAAUUAUGCUUUUAACCCGGCACACCAAACUGGCUAUGUGGAACAUCAAGGAGACGUCUACGACCAGAAUCAUGCAGGGACGAUGAUGGAUUCUCAUGGUACCAUGCUUGGGGAGUCGCAACAAGGGUACUUCUCAGAUUUUGCUGGACAGCAAGGAUACGAGAAUAAUGGACCGAAUGAAUAUGGUGGAGGGCCACAUAGAUAUUCUUCUAGUGACGCAUUCUCUCCAACAGCAGCAAUGGCGCCACCAAUGCUGACUACUAACGAUUUACCUCCUCCCGCCGCCCUGGAGUAUCAAAUGCCCUUAGAGCCUCGGGAUGUUCCAUUCGCCGUUUUCGAUCCACAUGAUAAAGAUACCCCUAUGUCUAAAUUCGACAACAUUGCGGCCGUUCUGAGGCAUCGGGGGAAGGCGAGAGCAAAGAUGCCAGCAUACUGGGUGUUAGACAAUAAAGGCAAAGAGAUCGCUUCGAUUACUUGGGAGAAACUUACCAGUCGAGCCGAAAAAGUUGCGCAAGUGAUUAGAGAUAAAAGUUCUCUCUAUAGGGGUGAUCGAGUCGCUUUGAUAUAUCGCGAAUCCGAAAUAAUCGAAUUUGCCAUCGCCUUACUUGGAUGCUUCAUCGCUGGAGUGGUGGCGGUCCCUAUCAAUGAUCUUGAAGAUUAUGCAAAACUAAAUACUAUUUUAACCUCUACACAAGCACAUCUUGCACUCACCACCGACAACAAUUUGAAGACUUUUCAGCGAGAUAUUACAACCCAGAAGCUCAAUUGGCCAAGAGGAGUAGAAUGGUGGAAGACCAACGAAUUUGGAAGUUGGCAUCCAAAGAAGAAGGAUGAUGCACCCCCUUUGACGGUACCGGACUUGGCUUACAUUGAAUUUUCACGAGCCCCGACCGGCGAUCUCCGUGGUGUAGUAAUGAGCCAUCGGACAAUCAUGCAUCAAAUGGCAUGUCUCAGUGCUAUCAUAUCUACAGUACCGUCUGGAGGACAUGGCGAUACUUUCAAUCCUGAACUAAGAGAUAAAAGUGGAAGAUUAAUGGCUGGCGGUAGCAGUCGUGGCGAGAUAUUACUCUCUUAUCUAGACCCUCGACAAGGGAUUGGUAUGAUUCUGGGGGUCUUAUUGACAGUAUAUGGUGGGCACACAACUGUUUGGCUUGAAAGUAAGGCAGUUGAGACACCUGGUCUUUAUGCCCACCUCAUUACAAAAUACAGGGCAACUCUCAUGGUGGCUGACUACCCUGGUCUGAAGAGAGCAGCUUACAAUUACCAGCAAGAUCCUAUGACGACGCGAAAUUUCAAAAAGGGAAUGGAGCCUAACUUUCAAAAUGUCAGAUUGUGUCUGAUAGAUACUCUGACAGUCGAUAGCGAAUUUCACGAAGUGCUAGCGGAUCGCUGGUUAAGGCCGAUGCGAAAUCCUCGUGCGCGGGAAUUAGUCGCUCCUAUGUUAUGUCUGCCAGAACAUGGUGGUAUGGUAAUUAGUAUGCGAGAUUGGUUGGGUGGUGAAGAACGAAUGGGGUGUCCCUUGAAACUAGAUAUCGGAUCAGAUAGCGGUUCUAUUGAGGAAAAAUCCGAAGAAAAAGAAAAGUCGCCUGGUAAUGGGUUCGGAAGUCUCAUAGGAGGCGGAACGGUAGCUCCAGCUGAACAAAAAGGAAGGACAGAAUUGAGUGAAGUUCUACUGGAUCGGGAAGCACUAAAGACCAAUGAAGUUGUUGUGGUGGCUAUUGGCGAGGAAGCGCGCAAGAAAGCUGGUAGCGAACCAGGGACAGUCCGUUGCGGUGCCUUUGGUUUUCCAAUACCUGACGCCACUUUGGCGGUAGUGGACCCCGAAACUGGACUCCUAGCCUCUCCACAUUCUGUAGGCGAAAUCUGGGUAGAUUCGCCAUCGCUAUCAGGGGGAUUUUGGGCCCUACCGAAACAUACGGAGCAGAUCUUUCAUGCUCGGCCAUAUAAAUUUGAGCAAGGUGAUCCAACUCCGAUGAUGGUCGAGCCUGAAUUUCUUCGAACUGGUCUUCUUGGAACAGUGAUUGAAGGCAAGAUUUUUGUUCUUGGUCUAUACGAAGAUCGUCUCCGUCAGAAGGUUGAAUGGGUUGAGCACGGUCACGAAGUCGCAGAGCAUCGUUACUUCUUUGUUCAACACAUAAUAGUGAGUAUCAUGAAGAAUGUUCCCAAGAUCUACGACUGCUCCGCAUUUGAUGUAUUUGUCAAUGAUGAACAUCUUCCGAUAGUUCUGUUGGAGUCGCCUUCCGCAUCAACAGCGCCUGCUACAUCUGGGGGACCUCCACGUCAACUCGAUACUGCGCUUCUGGAUUCCUUGUCAGAGCGCUGCAUGGAAGUUUUGAUGCAAGAGCAUCAUCUAAGAGUCUAUUGUGUUAUGAUCACAGCGCCAAAUACUCUUCCAAAGGUUUUAAAAUGUGGCCGAAGGGAGAUUGGUAAUAUGCUUUGUCGUCGAGAGUUCGAUCUUGGCAAUCUUCCUUGUGUGCAUGUAAAAUUCGGAGUUGAACGAGCUGUACUUAAUCUGCCUAUUGGUGUGGAUCCUAUCGGAGGUAUAUGGUCACCACUUGCUUCCCAAGCUCGUGAAGAUGUAUUAUCUCCUGGUGACAAACAAUAUUCUGGAAUUGAUCGUCGCGAAGUGGUAAUCGAUGAUCGAACUUCUACACCUCUAAAUAACUUUCUAAGCAUAGUUGACUUGUUACAAUGGCGCGUGGCGCGACAAGCUGAUGAACUUUCCUACUGCACCAUAGACGGCCGAGGUAAGGAAGGAAAAGGAAUCACCUGGAAAAAGUUCGAUACGAAAGUGGCCGCGGUAGCUAUGUAUCUAAAGAACAAGGUCAAGAUAAGACACGGCGAUCACUUGAUACUCAUGUAUACGCAUUCGGAAGAUUUUGUGUAUGCAACACAUGCAUGUUUCUGCUUAGGAGCAACAGCUAUACCCAUGGCUCCCCUUGACCAGAACCGUCUGAACGAAGACGCACCAGCCUUCUUACAUAUGGUUUCAGAUUACCAUGUAAAGGCUGUUUUGGUCAAUCAAGAGGUUGACCACCUAAUGAAACAAAAGGCUGUUUCGCAGCAUCUAAAACAAUCGGCACAAGUUCUCAAGGUAUUGGUGCCGAGUAUAUAUAAUACUUCGAAGCCACCUAAGCAAAACAAUGGUUGUAGGGACCUUGGCCUUACGAUGUUACCAGGUUGGGUUCAGCCAGGAUUCCCAGCUCUUGUUUGGACAUAUUGGACUCCUGACCAACGUAGGAUCGCUGUACAAUUAGGCCACGAUACCAUCAUGGGUAUGUGCAAGGUGCAAAAGGAGACUUGUCAAAUGACAAGCUCGAGACCUGUCCUAGGUUGUGUGCGAAGCACAACUGGCUUAGGUUUUAUCCACAGUGUUCUUAUGGGUAUAUUCGUUGGGGCCCCAACUUACCUAGUCUCUCCCGUCGAAUUUGCUCAAAAUCCUGUAUCGCUUUUCUUAACCCUUUCGCGGUACAAAAUCAAGGAUACUUAUGCUACACCGCAGAUGCUCGACCAUGCAAUGGCCGUCAUGCCAGGCAAGGGGUUUACCCUUCAUGAACUAAAAAAUAUGAUGAUUUCCGCUGAAGGAAGACCUCGAGUUGACGUUUUCCAAAAGGUACGCCUCCAUUUUGCUGCGACUGGUCUUGAUCGCACUGCCAUCAAUACAGUUUAUUCGCAUGUUCUGAAUCCAAUGAUUGCGUCUCGUUCAUACAUGUGUAUUGAACCAAUUGAGCUAUGGCUAGACACUCAAGCAUUACGCCGGGGUAUGACAUACCCCGUUGACCCAGAAACCAACGCAAAAGCACUCAUGGUUCAAGAUUCUGGCAUGGUUCCUGUAUCGACUCAAAUAGCUAUUGUCAACCCAGAAAGCCGUUGUCUUUGCCACGAAGGUGAAUAUGGUGAGAUAUGGGUCGAGUCAGAAGCAUGUGUCAGAUCUUUCUACGGCUCCAAGGAUGCUUUCGAUUCGGAGAGAUUUGAUGGGCGUACUGUUGAUGGCGAUCCUAACGUACAAUACGUCCGGACAGGAGAUCUAGGUUUUCUACAUAAUGUUAGUCGACCUAUAGGGCCUAAUGGUGCGCAAGUCGAGAUGCAGGUAUUGUUCGUUCUAGGCAGUGUAGGGGAAACAUUCGAAAUAAACGGCCUUAGUCAUUUCCCGAUGGAUAUUGAGUGCUCUAUAGAGAAAUGUCAUCGUAAUAUCGUGCCGGGAGGAUCUGCCGUCUUCCAAGCAGGCGGACUUGUCGUUGUGUUGGUAGAAGUAGGAAGGAAAUCAUAUCUUGCCUCCAUCGUACCCGUUAUCGUCAACGCCAUUCUCAACGAUCAUCAAAUCGUCGUCGAUAUCGUCGCUUUUGUCAACAAGGGCGAUUUCCCUAGAUCCAGACUUGGAGAAAAGCAACGGGGCAAAAUUCUAGCUAGUUGGGUUACACGUAAAAUGCGUACAAUGGCACAAUUUGGUAUCAGAGAUGCUGAAGGGGGACUCUCAGAUGUUACCGAGACCAUGGAGCCACGCAGCGGUAUCGCUAGUGUUCGAAAUGGCAGCGUAAUUGCGAGCAGUCUCCGCAAUGUUGAGCCCGCUCCUCACAUAGUUGAGGAACAAGAACGCGAGCGUCACCGUGUGGUGUCUCAACAUAGCUUCGCUCCUCUCCCAACUGGAAUAUCUGAAAUGCCAGCAGAUAAUUACGAUGACCCUCCAAUGAGAUCAUCGAAUGAAGCAAACUUUGGCAUGAGACAUAAUGACGACACGCCCCCUGCAAUUCCCCGACAGAAUAAUUUCGAAACCCCGAACAAUUACUUCGAUGGUGGAAAAAUCAAUUUCGAUAGUCCGUAUUCCGAUUUUAUGGUUCCAGGGUUUGGUCCCACUGCAGGUGAACCGCCGAGGAUUGGACCAAAACCGGGUUUGGAGAUGGAUACGGGUAUGGGUACUCAACACGGUGUGCAGGACGCCGUUGGGGGGGAUGGGAAUGAUCGGUGGAAUUUACCAAGUCAGCAACAGCAGCCGGGAUCUAGGGUUGGAGGGGGAUUGAGGGUGCAUAAUAUGGAUGAUGAUGACGAUUGGAAGGAUACGCUAAUGCACUAUAAUCGUGCUAAUCAAUAG